GAUCUCAUUGCAGGCCUUUUUUUUCAAAAUCCUGAAUUCCAGGAAUUUCUUGGAAACCUCAGACACAGACAACUGGCAGGUGCAGAUGUGGGAGGUAUAGACGACUUGCUUAUGAGGAUUCACGUUAUUAUUAUAUCAAAUACCAGUCGUACAAUCCUCGCCCAUCCUCGCCAUUUUCUUUUCCUCAAGAACCACUUCCCAUUUCCUUCUGGGAUUGGAUUGGAUUGGAUUCGAUGAUAUUAUAUCCCAGAUCUACGGAACGACGAUCGCUGACCAACAUCUGGGGUUGAUAGUUGCCUCUUCUGUCCAAUUACACGUAGCCGCCUACGUUUGUGGUACUAUAGUACACUGGGAAGACUGGCCCAUUUUUGGUCUCCUCCUUUUGUUAACUUCACGCGUCACCCCUAGUCGUGAAAUUUAUUCUUGGUAUCGUCAAUUGAGAUUUCACGACUUCGAGCUCUCGUCCGACUCUAUCUAGAGUUUGACUGGCGCCACGCAGUCUACGAAAAUUCCCAUUGUUCAUAUUAAAUAAUAGGAAUCGCCAAUAGUCAAGAUGAGCAAUCAAGGACAGGCGACUACCACGCCGCCAGCUUCGGCGUCGUCUCUUUACUUGACUCUAGCUCCUGUUGCUUUGGUGGCUGGCAUCUACUUCGUUAUUUUCCUAGUUUUACGCAAGAGCCAAAGGCGUUACUACGCUCCGCGAACUUAUCUAGGAAGUCUUCGUCCAAACGAACGAUCGCCACCUCUUCCCAAUGGCUUACUAAGUUGGAUUGGUCCAUUUUGGAAAAUUCCAGAUAUUCAUUCAUUGCAGCAUCAGUCUUUGGAUGCUUAUCUCUUCCUACGAUUCUUGCGGAUCAUAGUUGUGAUCUGUUUCGUGGGCUGCUGUGUACUCUGGCCGGUGUUGUUCCCCGUGAAUGCGACGGGCCAUGGAUCAUCUGAGCAGGUGGAUAUACUCUCCUAUUCUCACAUUAACAAGGACACAGAAUCGAACCGCUACUAUGCCCAUACGUUCAUGGCUUGGAUUUUCUACGGAUUCGUCAUGUAUAUGAUCAUGCGCGAGUCUAUCUUCUACGUCAAUCUGCGACAGGCGUUCUUGCUCUCACCUUUUUACGCCAACCGGAUCUCUUCCCGAACCGUGCUUUUCAUCUCUGUUCCCGACGAAUAUCUUGACGAGGCUAAAAUACGAAAAGUGUUCGGCGAUUCGGUUAAGCACGUUUGGAUCACUGGAGAUACCGAGAAGCUUGAUGAGCUUGUUAAAGAGCGGGAUGAGGUGGCUAUGAAAUUGGAGAAGGCCGAAGUUAAAUUGAUAAAGCUUGCCAACGAAAACCGGCUCAAGGCAUUAAAGAAAAACAAGGGCGCCUCUAGCGAAACAGCUGAAGCUCCCGCAGAUGCAGAAUCGGGUAGCUUAGCUGCGCGUUGGGUCCCUGAAAAGAAACGACCAACCCACCGACUUGGACUCCUUGGUCUUGUUGGAAAGAAGGUCGAUACUAUCAAUUGGUGCCGAACUGAAUUGGAGCGGAUCAUCCCGGCUGUUGAGGCAGCCCAGAAUGAAUACCGUACCGGGAACUACAAGAAGAUUCCUAGUGUCUUCGUCGAAUUCGCUCAUCAAGCUGAUGCUGAGUCGGCAUACCAAGUGUUGGCUCACCAUCAAGCUCUGCGCAUGUCACCUAAAUAUAUAGGUGUUACCCCUGGUGAGGUCGUUUGGAGUUCAUUGAGGGUAUCUUGGUGGCAAAGAAUCAUCCGAAGAUUCGCUGUACUCGGAUUCAUUACCGCACUCAUCAUCUUUUGGGCAAUUCCCGUCGCGGUCGUUGGUGUGAUUUCCAACGUUAGCUACAUUGCAAACAAGGUUUUCUUCCUAAACUGGCUGUUGUCAAUCCCCUCUAUCGUUCUAGGACUUAUUCAAGGGUUGUUGCCUGGUGUUGCCCUCUCAAUUUUGAUGUCUCUUGUUCCCGUAAUCAUGAGAUUAUGUGCUAAACUCUCAGGAGAGCCUUCUCUAUCACGGGUCGAGCUAUUCACCCAGAAUGCGUAUUUCGCUUUCCAGCUUAUUCAGGUGUUCUUGAUAAUGACGGUCACCUCAUCAGCAUCAGCUGUCGCAACGCAAAUCGCCCAGAAUCCUGGUGUUGUUACAUCUUUACUUUCAACGAAUCUCCCCAAAGCCUCUAAUUUCUACAUUUCGUAUUUUAUCAUCCAGGGCUUGGGCGUUGCUUCAGGUGUUCUUUCACAGGCUGUUGGAUUCGUUAUCUUCUCGCUCAUGUACAAGUACCUCGCUGGCACUCCUCGUGCUCUCUACACGAAGUGGGCAAACCUCAGCGCUAUAUCGUGGGGUAGUGUCUUACCGGUCUAUACUAACAUUGCCGUCAUUAGUAUUACGUAUGCUGCUAUCGCACCGUUGGUACUUGGUUUCGCGACUGUCGGCCUUUCGUGUUUCUAUCUCGCAUGGCGAUACAAUAUUUUCUUUGUUACGGAUACAGCUAUCGACACCCGAGGUUUAAUCUACCCCCGAGCAUUGAAGCAACUCUUUUCGGGAAUUUACAUCUCUGAGCUAUGCAUGAUUGGAAUCUUCGCUACUUCUGUAGCCAUCGGCCCCCUGGUCCUCAUGGUUGCAUUCCUCGUUUUCACGAUUUUAUUCCACCUGACUAUCAACAACGCUAUUGAUCCUCUACUCUAUAAUCUGCCCAGGACCCUCGGGGCUGAAGCCGAAUCUAAGAAGUUUCAGGUGGAGAGCCCCCCGACACGGAACGGUGCACACUCUACUGCCCGCAAUGGCCAUCAAGAUGGUAUCCAAGACGGCCUUCCAGAUGCUGAGAAGGUGUCAUCCGACGAUACCGCAGUAGCUGAGAAGAAGCCUGGAUUCUUUUCCAAGUUCCUGAAGCCAUGGCAGUACUGUGAUUAUGAGGCAAUGUGCAAGCUUGUACCACACGACUCGAUUGAUACAUCUAGCCUGUACUCGGACGAGGUCGAACGCAAUGCCUACUUCCCGCCUUCGGUUAGCAGCAAAACGCCGUUGUUGUGGAUUCCUGAGGACUCUAUGGGCAUCUCGAAGCAAGAGGUCCGAGAUACUAGCAAGGUGAUCCCGAUUACUGACGAAGGUUGCACAUUGAGCGACAAGAAUAAAUUGGAAUGGGAUACAGAAACUGUGCGCCCGCCGGUCUGGGAGGAGAAGAUUUACUACUAGGUUCAUAAUCUGAGUGAGGUAUUAGCCUCAUGAAUACACGCCUAAAAUGACUCGAGAACGAGUGGGCUUAGGACAUGGUAUCCUAGCUUCUCAUCAUGAUUGUUAUGGACAGGGUUGGUUUACGAUACCAAGUUUUGAUCGAUGCAUCAGGAUGAAGUCUUUUCAGUUUUUGUUUAUUAUUGUUUGGGUUAGUCGAGGUUGAUGAAUGGUUUAUAGGUUUGGGGAUGUCUAUUAUACCCGUUGGACGAAGAGGAUGUGUUUAGUAUCAUGUUAAGCUAAUAAGAAACUCUAAUAAUGAAGAAUCAUGAUAUUUAA